AUGUCGAAUCGCUACGGCAGCUACUACCCAUCGUAUCGUCGGACGGCGUCGCCUUCAUUCUCCUCACAAUUCAACAAUCUCAGCUUCGGAAGCAGCUACAGACCCAGUGCCGCUUUAUCCUCAGCGAGUUCAUCCAUAGCGAACAAAUACCAAAGUACCUUGAACGAUUCGAGGACUGGGAGCUCAGCGGCAGCUCACUCAUACCGGACACCAUCGAGCUCUGGUUACACGUCCGACCAUGCCAAGUCCGGUCACCUGUCAGAUAAUGCUCGUCAGAGCACAGACCAACGCUCCAGCCAUCUACCGCCGCCUGGCAGGAGUGGUUACACAUCGGACGCAUCCAAAUCCGACGUGAGGAACUCCUACAUCGACUACAACGAUAGGAGCCAGAGGAGCUCUUACGAGAGACCGUCCACCCAGAGCCGGUCGCUCUACGAUUCGUAUCGAGGCAACGGGGGCAGCGCGUAUCCGUCGCCGUACAGCUCGAAGUUGAAUCUCUACUCGCAACAGGAGCCGAAUUCGUCGUUUCGAGAUAAAUCCCCAUCCAGGAGCUUCCAGAGACAGGACUCCUCCUCAGAGAGACCGGCGUCGCGACCGGUGUUUCAACGGCAAGACAGCGGUGGUUCGCGGGAUUAUCAAAGCAUGAAUUUCGGCUCCCGCGGGAAUCUCGAACGGCAAGACUCGUACGGGGAACGCCCAGCGUCACGUUACGACGCUUCGAGGAGUUAUCAAGCGAUGAAGUUCGGAAGUCAAAAUACUCUGAACCGCGCAGACUACGGGGAGAGAUCCGGACCUCCGGGUCGGGUCCCGUUCCAGCGGCAAGAUUCCUCGCCGAGCGACUUCGGAUACAGGAACGAACGAAACCCCACGGGGUAUGGUUUGCCGAUGAGGGGCGGGUCACUCAAACUUCCGGAACGUUCGGACGUGGCCCAUCAUGGCAAAGAAUACAAAAACGUACUCUCUCCUCUCGAUGUACCGCGCGAUAAAACAAGCGGAUACAGUUCCGCCGGAUACCAAUCCGAUGUGAUUCGGUCGGGCGCAGCCACUCCCACCCGUUCCCCGUCGCCUUUCUCCCGGCAGAACUCGUACGAGAACUCGAGAAUAGCGAGCGAACUUAGUUCCGUGGCGAAAGCAAUCCAGCAGUACAGCCUGAAGCCGAAACCGACCCUCCCCUCGUCCUGGAGACAACCAUCGGUCUCCUAUCAGCCCUUCGAGACGCCGACGCGUCGAGUUUACUACGUUCCCCCGAAUAGGUCGCCGUAUAGCAGUCUGUCUCGGACAUCCUCGUAUAGAGCGCCCGAAACGAAGCCAAACUUAGCUCCCGCCGAUUUCUGCAACUCUGACUCGGAAGACUCCGACAGCGAUUCCGGCAAGACCGUCGAGUAUCUGAUCAGCCGGUCGACUUCUCCCUCGACGACCUACCGUCCGGAAGACGAUGAAAACCGCAUUUCUUCGAUGAGCAAAUUAGAAAGACCGGCAAAGAAACGUCUGCCGGUGGGGAAAAUCUGCGCGUCGGUUCAAGUUGACUCGCAGGACAUAAAGAAAGCGUUCGCUCCCAAACUCGCGAUACCGUCCCCGGAGAAAGCCACCCAUCAGUCGAAAACGUCGCCGACCGAUGCCGUGCCCGCGUACGCCUACUAUGGGAAGUUUUCCACGGCGACGGCACCGUCAGCUGCCAGCAUAACUGCGAACAAUAAGCUGGCUCGACCGUCCGUCAACCAAUCGUCGGACACGUCACCGACUUCGCCUGAGAAAUUGGUCUCACCGCAAUGGCCUUCGGAGAAAUCUCCGUCGCCGAACGAAGAACGCCGGAGAUCGAGAGAAAUUCGGAGGCGGAAAAGCAGGGAGGACAUGUCGGAUCACCGUAGAAGCCGGGACGACGUCAACGAGUCCCGUAAAAGUCGAGAGGACCUGAGCGAGAAACGGACGAGCUGGGAAGAAUCCAGGGACAACCGCAAAAGCCGAGACGAUGUCCCUGUCGUCAACGACACUAUAGAACAGGAAAAACUGAGAUUAGCGAACAUGAAUAAGGAUUUCCGGAAAUCGGUUCUGAACAUGAAUCUCUCGGAAAAAGAAAGGGAAGAAUAUCUGAAGCUCCAGAAAGCCAAGAGGAAGGCCUUGCGGCGCGCAGGCAAACCGAUGGAGAAGGAAUCAGACACCGAGAUACUGCAGUCGUCGUCUGACGAUUCCGAAUGUGAGGCAUCAUCACGCCGCGAAGUAUCCAGAAGUCAUUCGCAGCGGAGUGUACACAGACACGAAGUGAAGCGAGCCCCGUCCACUUCUCGGGUACGUGGCGAUUCCGGUUCGUCGUCCUCCUCGGACGAGGACGACGUCUCGCAAAAACGGCGCUCGUUCCGUCGGAAGCGACCGUCUCGGGGGAAUACCCUCGAAGACCGCGCGCCCUCUCCGCCGGAGCAUCGAAGCGUCGGGAAGCUUCAAGAUUUCGAGCAAUCCUUGGUGGACGCACCCCUGGCCCGGGCUGAGGACGACACGGAAUGCGAGGAAGAACUCCAGAAAGACGGUGAUGCCGACGAGACCAAAGAGAAGAAAUCGCCGUCGCCCUCUAAACCGAAUCACGUCGACUUGCAUCCCGAGAUAGGGAGCGCCUCGUCGAGCGUUUCCGGAGACGAUGCCGGCGACGGUAUCGAGAAAAGUGCCACGGUAGUUUUCCGAGGGGUUGAAGUGAGCCCCGUUGAAGAUCCCUCUGUCGGGGACGGCCCAAAUCGCACCAAUACCGAAACGCUUACUAACGGUGUGCAGAGACCCGCUUUCAUUAAAAUCUUAUCGCCGGAAAAAUCUCCAGAGGUUGUCUACUCACUCCGGAAACCGUUCGAUGAUAAGAAAUCCACCUGCCAUGAAUUAACGGUGCCGACGCAAGAAAUACAGAAAUCGAACUCCGCAGAAACCCUCACUUCACAAUCGAAACCGAUCCUCAUUCAGAGAUCCAACUCGAGCCAGGCCCACUUUCCGGUCAUGUCUGGAACGGUGACCAUAGCUCCAGAACCACCGGGCCUCGCAAGGUCGUCGGAGAUCAUAGCCGACGGGAAACAAGCCGACGUAACACAGCAGGGAGACGGGGACUCGAUAUUCAAACACCGGACUAAGACAAUUUACGAUCGAUCGCAAAUUCGUAAUUCGACGGGACCGACAUUCACGCCUGAAAGCUCCGAUGCAUGUGCAAACACAGAUGACCGACCCACAAUACAGUUAUGGCAAGAGACCGAACCGAAAGCUUUUGCGCUAAACCGUAUCACUCAUCCAUAUCGACCGAUAUACAAGCGACCGGGCGCGACCGACACCGAGUCCGACGCUCAACAGGUUUAUGAAAACGUCAGCUUCCGGAGUCCAUCACCGAUGAUGCCUCCGCAGAUUUCCCGUCUCCAGCAGCAAGAGGGCGACAUGAGUUCCAGCGAUUAUGAAAUCGUGGGAAUUCCAGCUCGGAGAAAAGAACUCGUCAAGAGGAGGUCCCGAGAGAGCGACUCGAAGUCGAAAGAGGCUUCUCCUCAAACGAAUCGCAGUCGACCCGGAAGCGUGAUCGAAGCCUCCUCGACGGACACACGUCAGCAGAUGUCGAAGCAGUCAAUGUCACGGGAAGAGCUCGAUCUCUUCGAGUAUCUCCAGAGUCAACAGGAACAGAUCCAGCGGAAGGCCGAAGAACACAGGGCGCUUGCACAGAGCCGACGGAGACCGGUUUCGGUGGAAGUUGUUCCCUCCGACAGGAAGAGCGAAUUUCAGGAGAAUAUCAAAGUCGAUACAGACAGCAACGAGCAGGCAAAACGCUCGCAGGAACUCCAAAGAUCCAGCUCGUUCAAGAACGAAAGGAUAUCACCCUCCACCGACACAAGACCAUCCUGGGCCAUCCAUCAACAAGUCCACGAAACAGCACCAUCGGCGCCUUGGCAAAAACCGCAUACCAGUGAGACACACGCACCGGUAGCUAACACCACACAACACAACGAUGUCAAGCUGAGCGAUGGAGCGACUUGCUUGCAGUCGAUAGCAGCUGAUUUGGCUAAUCUGCCGCAGAGUGCACCACCGCUGCCCAAAAUCAUCGUAUCGUCGAAGCGAGCGUCGACGGCGUCCCCUGUACGGAAAGGAAAAACUCAGUUCAUCGGCACCUUCAAGGAUAUCGACUCCUUCUUGGAGUUCUGCGACAGUGACUCGUUCGAUGCCAUGGAGUCGAGGUUCGAGAACGAGAAGCGCCAUGAAUCCGAACCUUUGUCACCGUCCAAGAGACACCCUCCGAAGGCGCACAUGAACCCGCCGGGGAACUUCAUCGGGACUUUCAUAGAUAUCGAUGAGAUCCUAGGAGCGGAGAGUCCCUCCGCUUGUCCCUUCGAGAAAGCAUCCGAUCCGUUCGCGCUGUUCAGAAUCGACGCGUCUCAAGUGAAAGUCCACGCUCCGAAGACUUCUAUGCGGGCCGAAUUAAGUUCCGGUGUCGAAGAAUUCGACAGCACUUCCAUACGAGUCCGGGAAGUCCGCAAAGGCCAAGCCGUCGUGAACAAGGUGGAUGACUCGUCUCUGCAAGUGUAUCGUCCUUCAGAAGAAGGUGGAGUUUAUCUGGACUUGGAAUCAUCUAUCGAACAGCAACCAGAUGAGUUCUCGGCUUUCGAAAAAGAGGAGGCGUCAGUCGUUCUCCGAAGUCAGCUGUCGGUCCGAGUCCAUGCGAUUAUAGACAAAUUAGUAAAUUCAGCCGGAACCGAAUUACGCCGGGCCCUGUUCGCUCUGAAACAAGUGUUCCAGGAUGACAAGGAUCUGGUGCAAGCCUUCGUUGAGAACCGUGGCCUCGAUGUUCUGAUCAAGAUCGGACAGAAUUGCGAUCACAACUACCAGAACUACAUACUCAGAGCCCUUGGUCAAGUGAUGCUCUAUAUAGAUGGAAUGCACGGCGUGAUCCGACACAAUCUCACGAUCCAAUGGCUGUACCAGUUGACUCAGUCCAACUACCGUCUGGUCGUCAAGGCCGCGCUGAAGCUUCUGUUGGUUUUCCUCGAAUACUCGGAUUCGAAUUGCUAUGAACUCCUCCGAGCCAUGUUCCGACUUCAGCAAACCCACGGGAUGAGACCGUGGUCGAGCGUGAUGAAGAUUCUAUCACAGAGAGACAACGCCGACAUGGAGCUCCUGAUCUACUCGAUAUCGCUGAUCAACAAGACCCUGGAGGGCGUUCCCGAUCAGGACAGCUAUUACGACAUUGUUGACUCGCUCGAAGAUAUGGGGAUGGAACGCAUCGUCCAGUUCUAUAUGUCCAAACAAGGCGUCGAAAACGACCUUCUGCAACAACUGCAGAUCUACGAGAACGUUCUCCGUCUCGAAGACGGUGACGCACCACCUAAUAUCAAAGUUCCGGCCUGCGUCAGGAAUCGGAAACAGAAUCCGUCGAGGAAAAGUCGACGUCACAGUCAUAAUGAUGGGCCACCGGCAAAAAUCAAGCCGUCACCGCUGCUUCAAAACCUCAUCCGCUCCGCGGAGGAUCCGACGUCUUUCGAUGACAAUGACCUGACACCCGCGAUGAGACGCUGGAAAGACGAUCACAUGAGUCGAGAUUAUUUGGAAGAUGAAGAGAACUCUCCGAUGGAUAUGUGUCAGGGCCAGGCUUCCCAGCAUUCAGCCAAUGUGCGGCAAUUCAAAAAUAUUUUCGAGCAAACCAUUCAGGAGCAGGAAGCCGAACCGCCCAAGCGACAAGAGGUUCCCCGGAGACAGCUCAUCGAUCUAUCUCCCUUGCACCAGGCUCAGGACAACAUCCCGAAAAUUCCUGAGCGAGCGCGAGGUAUCAACACACCUCUGAAUCAACAUUUCAAUCAACAGCCUCAGCAGCAGCUCCACUCGCAGGUAUUCCCUAGUUUUCCCCCUAUGCGGCCGCCCACUUCCUUGGAUGCUCCCGUUAUUCCUUCGCGACAACCCCAGCCGGAAGCUCCGCCGUAUGGACAUCGAGGCCCGGCUUCGAUGAAGUCGAAUCAAUUCUCGAGCAAUCUUCAAAAGUUCGAUGGGAGCGAGAACAUACUUCAAGAUAUGAUCUGGAAAUCAGGCAGCCCCGUUCAGUGGCAGGACUUUGUGAAGACUCUGAGGAGACCUUUGUUCAUAAAUGAUUUUGACUUCACCGAUUUGAGUGAGGACGACGACGUGGGAGUUCUGGCUGAGAGUAUGCCCUCGAUGAAUGGCUCGUUCGGUUGCGGUCCGCCGCCCCCGCCGCCAAUGCCCACCGGCUCGGCCGGUCCCCCGCCCCCGCCUCCUCCUCCCGGGGCCUUCGGUAUCAGAGUUCCACCCCCUCCUCCACCUCCGUUCGGAGCUCCCACGCCGCCUCCGCCCCCGUUCGGGUCUCCGCGAGGCGGAACUCCGACAUUCCUUCAACAAAAACAACAUCUCCCGAAUCAACCGCCUUGGGCAGCUAACAAGAGCGAAGGCAGCCAAGCGGCGACCAUUCAGAAGAACAAAAAGACUGUCAAGUUAUUUUGGAAGGAAAUCAAGGAGGACCCCAAUCUGCUGGCGAGGAUCAAGAAACAAAACACGAUCUGGGAUGAGCUCAGUCGGGUCGAGGUCGACACGCUCAAGCUGGAGGAGCUUUUCGAGAAUAAGGCCAAAGACCUCAUGAAACAGAAACAAGAGGGUAAACGGAACGAGAUAACAGUAUUAGAUGCCAAACGAUCGAAUGCCAUCAACAUCGGCAUGACCAAGCUACCGAACCCGAGAACGAUACGCACUGCUAUAUUGAAGAUGGACUCAACAAUCAUGAACCGUGAGGGCAUCGAAAAGAUACUCACAACGAUGAUGCCGACGCCCGAGGAAAUGAACAAGAUCGUCGAAGCUCAGAUGUCGAGUCCGGAGGUUCCACUGGGAAACGCGGAGCAAUUCCUGCUGACUCUGUCUUCGAUUUCGGAACUCGAGCCGCGACUGAGGCUGUGGGCAUUCGUGUUAGACUACAACGCUCUCGAGAAGGAAGUGGCGGAGCCCCUCAUGGAUCUCAAGCAAGCUAUUGUCCAGAUCGAAUCGAACAAAACCUUCCGCCACGUGUUGUCCACCGUGCUUGCCAUUGGUAAUUUCCUGAAUGGCGCGCCAGUCAAAGGUUUCCAGCUCGACUAUCUCGCCAAGGUUCCCGAAGUCAAGGACACUGUAUACAAGCACAGUCUGCUCUUCCAUGUGGUGGAAUUCAUAAUGUCUCGACAUCCAAACUCUAGUGAUCUCUACUCUGAAAUGGCGGAAGUGACGCGGGCGUCGAAGGUGGAUUUUGAGGAGACCUCGAAAACUUUGAAUAAAAUGGAGUCUGACUGCAAGGCAUCUUGGGAGCAUCUGAAGGUCGUCGCCAAACACGACGGUCAACAGAGCUACUCGUCGAUUGCGACAUUUCUAUCCGACUGCGCCGAAAGGAUCACCGUGCUCGGAGUUAUACAGAAGCGAGUGAUGAAUAGAUUCCACAAAUUGAUGGUGUACUUCGGACAUCCAUUGCACACGGUCAAGGAUGCCAAGGCUCACAACAUCUGUAAAAUCAUUUCUGAGUUCGCUCUAGAAUACCGCACAACUCGAGAGAAAAUUCGAGAGCAAGCCGAGAAGAAACGCCGCGAAGCCGAUCGGAACGCCGCCACCGCACGCCGAGUUUCCGAAUCCCGUCGUACGACUCCUGACCGGCCGAGCACUUUGCCUCGUAGGGAGGGCUCGGCCAAGUCCGAACGGGAGCUUCAUCGAAUUCUGUCCAAUGGAUACUCGUCCGAUGCGUCUGAUGGCGAUUAUCGGAACUGGGGCUCACUGGGUAGGCGCAGUCGUGCCGGGUCUCUCAACCAGAUGUCGAGACACAACUCAAUCAAAGAGGGGGAGUACAUGUCGGGUACAGACGGCGACGAGCUCAUCGAAAGUCUUGUGCGAACCGCGACAGCGCCCUCACAAAGAAGCUUGGAAAGGCAGAGGAGGAUGGCGACCGGAGGAGAAAGACGAUCCCUCCGUCGGGCUCUGCAGAACGAACUAAGCCGCGACGAGAGGAAUCGUUACUCCUACAUGUCCUCGUAG